GAGAUGGUCUUCUAAGGUACGACUGUAGACGAGGAUGUCGUCCAGGUAAAGGAGAACGUAUUCUUCAAGGAUGUCCCUGAAGAUGCGUCUGGAAGGUGGCGGGUGCAUUGGUGAGGCCGAAUGGCAUCACCGUGAACUCGUAGUGGCCGAAGCGCGAUCGGAAGGCGGUCUUCGGUCGAUCCUCUGUGGCAACGUGGAUCAGGUGGUAACCGCUACGAAGAUCGAUCUUCGUGAAGAAGCGGUUGCCUGCCAGACGGUCAAACAACUCAUCCGCGCGGGGCAUGGGAUAACUGUUCUUAACCAUGUAACAGUUAAGGCCGCGGUAGUCGAUACAGAGGCGGAGAGUUCCGUCCGCUUUGUGAGCAAAGAGGACAAGUGCACCCCAAGGGGAGUUACUGGGUUUAAUGAAACCCAGUCGAAGGAGCUCCUCAAGCUGACGCUCGAGUUCCGUCGCCUCUGGAAUCGAGAGUCGGUACGGUGCCUGAUGGUGAACACGAUAGUCAGGCACGAGCUGGAUAAAAUGCUCAACACCGCACAUCGGGGGAAUCCCGCUAACGAGUUUCUCAGUCGCCCAUUCGGCCUCUGUGCUACGGAACCGGUGAGACCAGGGAGUGCCAAGGAUAAAGUCGUACCCAAUCUCCAGCACAUCGAAGUAUGCGGAGGAAUGGUAGCGCCGAGGCGUCUGGGUACUAUCCGAUGGCUGGAUGGGGAGGGAGAAGUGGAGGUCGGGGACCGUCUGAUCGAAGAAGCGCUGCGUCUUGUUAUCUCCGAGGGUAACGGAGAUAGGAGAGCGAGACCCAGAGCGGAUUUACGAGUUGAAAAUGUUGUGAUCAUCGGAUCCGGCCCGGCGGGUUAUACUGCUGCCAUCUAUGCCGCGAGAGCAAAUUUAAAGCCGCUUGUGUUUGAAGGAUACCAGGCAGGGGGUGUCCCUGGAGGACAACUGAUGACGACAACUGAAGUCGAAAAUUUUCCAGGAUUCCCAGAGGGCAUUUCUGGUCCUGAUCUGAUGGACCGAAUGCGGCGGCAGGCGCAACGGUGGGGUGCCGAAUUAUUCACGGAGGAUGUGGAAUUUGUUGAUGUCAGGGAUCGGCCAUUUGUGAUCGGGAAUAGCGAAAGAGUGGUAAAGGCGCAUAGCAUUAUCAUUGCAACAGGCGCAACAGCAAGAAGGUUGAAUCUUCCUCGGGAGGAGGAGUUCUGGAGCAAGGGCAUCAGUGCAUGUGCAAUCUGUGAUGGCGCCAGUCCCAUUUUUAAAGGCCAAGAACUAGCAGUUGUUGGAGGGGGGGACUCCGCCACUGAGGAGGCUAUUUACUUGACGAAGUAUGCGAGGCAUGUUCAUCUGCUUGUGCGGAAGGACAAACUGCGAGCAAGCAAGGCAAUGCAGGACAGUCUGACGUGGCAUAGGAGUGAUGAACGGACUUGGCAAUUGUGCGCUGCCGACGUGGCGAUCGUGAAUUCCCUUUUGACGGUCUUGCUGGCCAAUAUCGCUGACGUGGCAUACUCCGUGGAUGUGCUGCGUUGGCCAGACUGGUGUUAUGUGCCUGAUUGAAAACGAAUCCAGCAUAGCAUACACAUGUUCCCAUACACAUGCGGAAUUGCAAGUAGACUUGGAGAGAGAAAAUCCACACCAAACCGGAUGAUGAAAUUGCACAGUGGAAGCAAAAAAUAGAAUUGAAACGAAAUCAAUUCUAAUUUACCGU